UUUUUGUUAGUAAAGGUGCUGACCCCUGGCCUAACCUAUUGUAAAAGGAAAGUGUUGUUUUGUGUCUCUACUUGGAGUAUUUGUGCUGUAUAAAUAAUACACUCUUCUCACUCCUCCAAGUUUCAGACAGCAAGUUUUCCAAGGAGGCCUUCUUCAUUAGUGCCACAGAUGAAGCUGCCAACGCAGUGGAGGAGGUGGAGGAGGUGGAGGAUGUGGAUGAGUGUCAGCUGUAUGCCAGCCAGCUGUGCCAGCACACAUGCACCAACAUCUGGGGCUCUUACCGCUGUGGCUGCAACCAGGGCUACAUCCUGCAGCAGGACGGACACUCCUGUGCUCCAGUGAGUCCUGAUGAGGACAACAGAGUCCGAGUGCACAGUCCUGCUGUGGUCCAGACUCAAACUACUACCACCACUACACCCAGUACCACCACUGCCCGCCCCAACCCCCCCAACCCAUGUGCUGAUAAUGGUCCUUGCAGUCAGCAGUGCACAGCGGCAGCAGGCCGGGCUCGCUGCUCCUGCUUCCCAGGGUUCUCUCUGCUGACAGAUGGACACAUGUGUGUAGAUGUGGACGAGUGUGCAACCAACACCCACAGCUGUCUGCCCAGCGAGCACUGUGUGAACACAGUGGGUUCAUUUGUAUGCGAGCUGCAGGUCACUUGUCCUGCAGGCUUCCAGCUGAGGAACAGUGUUUGCAAGGACAUUGAUGAAUGUGUUCUGCGGACCCAUAACUGUGGUAUGGGCUUGGUGUGUGAGAACACAGUAGGCUCCUUCUUGUGUAAUCCCAAACACAAGUGCAUCAGCGGCUUCACACAGGACUCCCAUGGCAACUGUAUCGACAUAAAUGAGUGCAGCAGCCUGACGGAGGUGUGCAGCCCAGGCUCUACCUGUAUCAACACCGUGGGCUCCUACACUUGCCAGCAGAAGACCAUGAUGUGCAGCCAUGGCUACCAUGUGAGCUCUGAUGGAGCAAAGUGUGUUGACAUUGAUGAGUGUCAGAUGGGGACACACCGCUGUGGACUGGACCAGAUCUGUCACAACCUCCCUGGCAGCUACCGCUGUGACUGUCAGACAGGCUACCAGUAUGACGCCCUCCGCAAAGUCUGCAAUGAUGUAAAUGAGUGCUGGCGCUAUCCUGGCAGGCUGUGUGCCCAGACCUGCGAAAACACCCCAGGCUCCUACCACUGCUCAUGCACAGCCGGCUUCUCCCUAGCAUAUGACGGCAAGAACUGUGAAGAUGUAAAUGAAUGUGACAAAAAACCCUGUGACCAGGAGUGCGCCAACAUCUACAGCUCAUAUCAGUGCUACUGUCGCCAAGGCUACUUCCUGAAAGAGGACGGACACACCUGUGAAGAUAUUGACGAGUGCUCCCAGAGCAUCGGGAACCUUUGUACCUUCAAGUGUGUGAACGUUGCUGGCAGCUACCAGUGUGCUUGUCCUGCUCAUGGAUACACCAUGUCCCCCAAUGGCCGCACCUGCAGAGACAUUGACGAAUGCAAAACUAGCACCCACAACUGUUCAUAUCGACAGACCUGCUUUAACCUCCAGGGAGGCUUCAGAUGUCUCUCCUUUGACUGUCCUCACAACUACAAGAAGGUGUCAGACACACGCUGCGAGCGAAUCAGCUGUCCCAGUAACUCUUUAGACUGUCAGAACUCCCCUGACCGCAUCACGUACUACCAGCUCAGCUUCCAGACCAACAUCAUCAUUCCUGCCCAGAUCUUCAGAAUCGGGCCUUCCCCUGUCUAUCCUGGUGACCACAUCAUGAUGAGCAUCAUCAAAGGCAACAAGGAGGGCUACUUCAGUACUAGAAAGCUGAACAGCUUCACAGGCGUCGUCUACCUGCAAAGACAAGUCCGUGAACCCAAAGACUUCCUGAUAGAUGUGGAGAUGAAGCUGCUGAGGCAGGGGACAUCUACUUCGUUCCUCGCCAGGAUCUAUGUCUUUUUAACAUCCAGUACAAUGUAAAAGAGAAACAGAGAGAGGGACUGGAAACUUCUUAAGGUGCUAAACUUUUAUAUGUACAGACUCUUUGUGUAACGCCUCCCGACAAUCAAGCAUUAUUCAAAAAUCUUGUAAAAUGUUGCCAAAGACCUACUUUCUUGUCUUGUCUUCAGCAGGUCACAACCUUUGCUUCUUCAAAUUUUUAUGACCAUCAUAUUUCCUGAGAAACCUUGUAUUUGUAUUUAAAGUAUUUUUUCAGCCUUUGGUUUAUACCAUAGAUUGUAUGUAAAGAUAGAUGGCCUGACAGCUCCUCAUAAUUCAUUUAUCAAUUAUCCUCAACCGCUUAUCCGCACUCGGGUUGUGAGGGGCCGGAGCCGAUCCCAGCUGACAGAGGUGAGGUUCACCCUGGACAGGUCUCCAGACUAACUACGCUCUCAUUCACACCUACGGGCAAUUCAGAGUCACCAAUUAAACCUACAUUUUUGGACUGUGGGAGGAAGAGACCCGAAGAGAACCCAAGCUGACACGGGGAGAACAUGUCCACAUAGUCGAGCCUCCAGCUGGAGUCAAACCCGCGACCCUCUUGCUCUGAGGCAAGAGUGCUAACCACUACAGCCAAAAUACUCCAGCCAGCCCAAGACCUGAACUCAGCUUCCUCAUGUUAGUAGAUAUGGAGUUAGGCCACGUUCAGACUGCAGGCGAGUCUGAUUCAAAUCAGAUUCCUACUCAAAUCCGAUUUUUAGGGCUGAUUUUUUAGCAAGUGUCCAAAUCGGACACUUGCUAAGUGUGUCUGUUCAGACUGGGCCACAUUAUCGACUGAUCUGACAGGUUGCUGUAGUAACGGCGUCAGAGCGUCUGACGUCAUAUAAUUGCGACAGCGACAACAACAACAACAACAAACAUGAUGGAGGCAGGUCACCUCAGUAUAUUGGCCUUAUCACUGUCCAGUAGAGGUGCAGAACAUCUCAGACGCACCAGGGGAGAAACCGGGCGGAUGGACGCCCCCGUCGGGCCGCAUGAGUCGGGCACGGCUGCUGGUGGACACCUCGUAGAGUGACGUCACGGACAGUCAAAACCGAUCUGAGUGUUUGGAGCGGUUCAGACUGAGACGCAUCUGUCCAAAUGAGAUCUGAAACUACCUCCCGAAGGUGGCUUCGAUCUGGUCUGCAAAAAUUGGAUUUCAUGUGAUUUGUGACUGUUCAGACUUCAAAAGAGCCAUCCAGUUCCAAUCUGGAUGGGCUGAAAAUCGUAUUUCGGCUGGCAGUCUGAACAAGGCCUUAAAUUUGUGCCAAAAUGUUCAAACAACACUUCUUCAAAUUAAAAAAAAAAAAAUUAAUCAAAAUAUCAAAUACAAAAUAAAAAAUAAAUAAAUAAAGUCAAAGACAAAAUUCAAAACUUGCAAUCAAAUUAUUUGUGUAAUUGCAAAAGAAAUCUGUCUUUAAGUCAUUGAAUGACUGUUUUUUUCUGCUGGUUUUGCUUUUGCAAUUCUGUCUUUGUGUUAUGCAAUGCCAGCCUUUUUGUUUGCCUUUGUUGUUUUAAUGCAAAAGUAAGACUCGACUGUACUAGUGGAUAUGUAAUUUUAGCUUUCACCUCAUAAACGUUUAGCAUAGCGAGCUAAUUGACCGUUCGCAAAAGCUCCGCCCCCUUAGUUACUGUUGCUAUAUACAUCAAGCUCCCAGGACUGUCAGCAGCUAUGGCGCAGACGGGCGAUGUUUGUGUUAGCGAUUCUUUUUGGAGUAAUACCAAGACUGCCCAUUCACAAAAUGCUACAAAUAACGUAUUUGAUAUUUUGAUGAUUUUUCUUUUUUAAUUUGAAGAAGUGUUGUUUGAACAUUUUGGCACAAAUCUAACUCCAUAAUUGGACAGGUCAUGAGCCAAACUAAAAACUCGAACUACACGUCAAAUACAUUUUUUCAAAAGAUAAUGUAUGUCAUUCUAGGUAGUUUAUAUCAUGCUGAUUUAUGUUUAAAUGCUUAUUUUUAUGGUAUGUUUGGUUUUGAAUAGUUAUUUGAUGCUAUACAAAUGGGAAGUUAUGUCAUGAUUGAAGGCUCGCAUUGAGCUCUGAUUGGUGUUUUUUCGGGAGGAACGUGAUAUCUCGGCUUACUGUUUGUUGCAGGGAGUGUCAUCUCAAUACGUCCUUUGUUGACAUGUUAACCUUAACUCCCCAAGGCAGAGUAAAUAUCUCAAAAUUAUUGUUUUGAUGAUAAUGACAUUUCCAAGCGCACUUAAAGGCAGCUUCAUUCACUUCAUAGCAGAAAAAAAAAAGAUGGCGGGACCGUGCCUUGUGCUGGAGCUUGUGGUUUGUUUGUUUUUUUACAGUCAUAGUCUUUUCGAACUUUUAUGUACCAAAGUAGUUUCACCCUGUCUUGUGGCAGCAGUGAGAGGCAGAGAUACUGUGCUCCCUCACCGACAUGCUGGUUAUGAUUGGGCUUCACAGUGUGAUGUCAGUGUUGGGACAACGAAGCCUCGUGAAGCAUUUGCUUUAUUUACGGAGCCGAAGAGAUGGCGUUCUUUGUUCAACAAAGGGCUGAAAACACACUCAAUCACCAUUGCUGAAGCCUUUUUUUUAAGCCAAGACCGCCAUCUAGUGGGGUAAAAAAAUAAAGCAAAUGCUUCACAAGGCUUCGUUGUCCCAACACUAGAUGUCAGGCUGCGUUUUUCAUAACGUUUUUUUUUCCUGACAUUCCCUGUGGCAUCAACCAAAUACAAUACCCCCAAUCAAAUGAAUGGGAAUACUGCCACUAGUGAAGGGACAAUGAAGUUUCGUGAACCAUUUGCUUUAUUUACGGAGCCCACUAGAUGGUGCUCUUCACACAAAGGGCUGGAAACACACUCAAUUGCCAUUGCUGAAGCCUUUUUUUUUAAGCAAAGACCGCCAUCUAGUGGGCUCAAAAAAUAAAACAAAUGCUUCACAAAGCUUCGUUAUCACUUCACUAACUGCCACUUUCAGUGUGAACACAGCCUUAUACAGUCUAUGGUUCUUACAGUAACGAGGUGCUGCAUAUGUCUGCAUUGGUUUUCUGUUCAUUGCUAUAUAUCUUUAAGAAUUAGUCUUUAAUGAAUAACUCAGAAAUGAAACAUUUCCAUAGAGAUAUUAAAGUCUGAAGAUAUGAUAAGACAUAUUUGCAGCAACCGAAAUUAAAGGCACUUGUCAGCCACAAUUGAAUACAUCAACAGAAAUAAUAAAUGACCGUGAAGUAUAUUUUUUUCUUUCCAUUCAGGUGGUAAAAAAAGUGUUUUAUUUUACCUUUAAUUUUUUUAGACUGACCCAUAGUAGCAGUCAGAGCCAACAGUGAGGAGGCAGGGGCAUGGGCAUAAUUUACAAUUACUUACAAAGUCCAUAAAUCAUACAAAUCCCAACAGCAUAUACAAGACCAGCU